UAUCAAAAUCAAAUCAAUGUGGGAUUUGUUUUGCAUUUCCACUUUUUGGUUGGGUUAAGUUCGUGCUAAAUAUUUUAUUAAAAAUUAACUUUUUCUACAAUUCUUUACUUCAGAAUAUAUGCAGAGAUAUAUUUUAAAUAUGAUGUGAAGUCCUAUCGUGAAGUGAACUAUCAUAUAAAAUGGGUCGUAAGGAAAUUGUUGACGAGGGCCUGCCAGGCUUUGAAGCACCAAUUCAAGGAGAAAGAUCUGAAAAAGAUGUUACUCUUCAAAAAAAACAAAAAAAAGGAUCUGGGGGGUUUCAGUCAAUGGGCUUAAGUUUUCAUGUGCUUAAAGGAAUAACUAAAAGAGGUUAUAAACAACCUACACCAAUUCAGCGUAAGACUAUACCACUUGCAUUGGAGAACAAGGAUGUGGUUGCUAUGGCUCGCACUGGUUCUGGUAAAACAGCAUGUUUUGUGUUGCCUAUUCUGGAGAAACUUGUAGCACCAGUCAAUAAACCUCUACAAGGAAAAAAUUUAAGAGCUCUUAUAUUAUCACCCACAAGAGAGUUAGCUUUACAGACAUUGAGAUUUGUACGUGAAUUAGGCAAAUUUACUGGGCUCAGUUCAGCAGCAAUUCUCGGUGGUGAAUCCAUUGAACAACAGUUCGGAGUUAUGAGUGGUUCUACACCUGACAUUGUGGUUGCAACGCCUGGACGUUUUUUACACAUUUGUAUUGAAAUGAGCCUUAAAUUGGAUAAUAUAAAGGUUGUUGUGUUCGACGAGGCAGACAGACUAUUUGAACUGGGAUUUGGUGAACAACUCCGAGAGAUUGUCGCACGUCUGCCAUCUAAUCGGCAGACUCUGUUGUUCUCAGCAACACUACCUAAAAUGUUAGUGGAGUUUGCUCGCGCAGGUCUCAGUGAGCCAGUUUUGAUAAGAUUAGACGUCGACUGGAAGCUACCAUCAACUCUAUGGCUCGGCUGGAUAUAUGUGAGAGCUGAACUCAAAACUGCAGCCUUAUUGUUACUGUUGGACAAAGUUUUAACGAAAGAUAGUCAAGCGUUGGUUUUUGCUGCAACCAAGCAUCAUGUUGAAUACCUCCAUCUGAUAUUGCAACAAGCGGGUAUAUCAUCAACGUACGCAUACUCUGGCCUGGACCCCGCGGCUCGUAAGAUAGCCCUCGGCAAGUUCACUAACAAAAAGUGCUCAGUGCUGUUGGUCACAGACGUCGCGGCCCGAGGGUUGGACUUGCCGUCGCUGGAUACUGUCAUCAACUACAAUUUUCCAGCUAAACCAAAACUGUUCGUGCAUAGAGUGGGUCGCAGUGCUCGCGCGGGGCGCUCCGGGCGCGCGUUCUCGCUGGUGUCGGCGGAGGACGUGGCACACCUGCUGGACCUGCAGCUGUUCCUCGGCGCGCAGCUUGUUAUGCCGAGCGAGGUGAGCGAGUGCGGCGACGCGUGUCCGAGCGGCGUGUGGGGCGCGGUGCCGACACACGCGCUCGAGCUCCGGCACCAGGACGUCGUGGCCUGGGAGAAGAACUACUCCGAGAUUGAAGACGCGGCGCGCGUGUGCGGGCGCGGCUGGCAGCAGUACGUGCGCUGGCGCGAGCCCGCGUCCGCGGAGGCCAACCGGCGCGCCAAGCUCACCGCCCCGCCCGCCGCGCCACACCCCUGCCUGCUGGAGCGCGCGCAGCUGCAGGCGGCGGAGCUCGUGGAGCAGAUCAAGAGCUUCCGACCCAAGGGGACGAUCCUAGAACUGGCCAACAAAAACGACUCUCCGAUGUACUUGGCGAUGAAAGCGAAGCGACGCGUCCACGGAAAGAUGGUGCAGAAAACAAGAGAUAACAAAUUGCAACAGGCUGAAGGAAUAUUAGAAGAGAGUAGUAAAUCAAAUUCGACAGAAGAAUUUUCCGUGGCGAAAAGCUCAAAGAAGAAGAAGAAGGCGGCGCAGCGCGACGAGAACUACAUACCGCAUUUCGCGAGCGACCAACACACUGAAACUGGUAUGGCGGUGAACUUCUCCGCGGGCGCGUCGUCGGCGGAGCUGGAGCUGCGUGGCGACGACGCGGCCGGCCUGCGCUCGCGCCGCGCGCAGCUGCGCUGGGACCGCAAGCGGAAGAAGAUGGUGCACGUCGACCCGGACGGCGGCCGUAAGAUGAUGCGCACGGAGAGCGGCGGGCGCGUGUCGGCGUCGUUCCGCAGCGGGCGCUACGCCGAGUGGCGCAAGCGGAACGCGGCACCGGACGACGACGACGAGCGGCCCUCGGCCGACAAACCGCAGAAAUUGUCAGAGUUCCGUCCCCGCUGGGUGAAGCACAACGAGCGCGUCAACAAGAAGAAGGCCGAAGCCUCGUCCAAGGAGUUCCGCAACAAACAGCAAAUUGUCAAGGAGCGUUUGCGCAGAGACAAAAUCAAACAGAAGCUCAAACAUAAAAUGAGUAAAAAGAAAAAGAAAUAAAUGUAAUACAUGUUAUUGAGAGAUUUUUUUCAAUCAAUAUAACGAAGUACUAACUUUGUACAUUUAAUAAGAAUAGAAGUUGUUUAAACUA